AGGUGAAAGGUCAUGACCUCCGUGACAGCAAGAUGGCGGGGCGUUUGUACUUGGGUGUUCGACUCGGGAGCCGGUUUACGGGCCUCACAGGUCCCCAGUGCCAGGCCAGGUUUUCCACCUCAGCCCAGAGAACGGCUGACCGUCCCGAUGUGUCCAGGUUCUUCCCGGUGCUCGGCAGCCCCAUGCUGCCCCCGGGGACGUUUGACGGGAAGGUCGCGUUCAUCACAGGCGGGGGAACCGGCCUCGGGAAGGGGAUGGCGGCCAUGUUGUCUUCCCUCGGGGCAAAGGUCGCCAUAUCCAGUAGGAAGCUGGAGGUGUUGCAGAAGACAGCAGACGAGAUCUCAGGACAGACCGGGAACGCGGUGCUGCCCCUGCAGGCUGACGUGAGAGACCCCGCAGCGGUGACGUCUGCGGUGGAUACCCUGGUCGCAGAGUUUGGUCUGCCCCACGUGGUCAUCAACAACGCAGCUGGAAACUUCAUCUCACCAACAGAGAGAUUGUCCCCGAAUGCAUGGAAAACCAUCAUUGACAUUGUGCUAAAUGGUACAGCCUAUGUCACACUGGAUGUCGGCAAGAGACUUAUACAAGCUAACCAAGGAGCAGCUUUCCUGUCCAUCCUUGCCACAUACACACAACACGGCUCAGGGUUUGUAGUGCCCAGUGCAGCAGCGAAGGCUGGGGUGGAGGCCCUCACACAGUCACUGUCUUCAGAGUGGGGUCGGUACGGCAUGAGGUUUAACGCCAUCGCACCAGGACCAAUCAAGACCAAGGGUGCCUUCAGCCGCCUGGACCCCUCUGGGCGGUUUGAGAAGGCUUUCAUGUCCCGGAUCCCGACCGGCCGGCUGGGGGAGGUGGCAGAGUUCACUAACCUCGCUGCCUACAUGGUCAGCGACUACGCAAGCUGGAUGUCAGGAGAGGUUGUGACAUUUGACGGAGGAGAGCUUCCAAAUGCAGCAGGGAUGUUCAAUGAUCUCCGACGAGUGUCCAAGGAGGAGUGGGACAUGAUGGAGAAGAUGAUCAGGUCAACAAAAGGUUCUUAGACGUGGAAAUGGUCAAGUCAAGACUGCUGAGACAGGCUGGUUCAAUGGGACCUAAAGAUCUUCACAACA